AUGAAAAGGAAAUAUCAAGGAAGUGAGAGGGUACAAAGAGCCCAAUUACAAGCUCUCAGAAGAGAAUCUGAAAUCCUUGAAAUGAAAGAAGGAGAAACCAUUGUCGAAUAUUUCUCCAGAGUUAUGAUGGUGGCAAACAACAUGCAUAACAAUGGAGAGACAAUGCAAGACACUCAGAUUGUGGAGAAGAUUCUGAGAACUCUCACUGAGAGAUUCAAUUACAGAGUUGUCUCGGUAGAGGAAUCAAAAGACAUAAGCUGCCUCACAGUUGAUGAACUUCAAAGUUCACUUAUUGUCCAUGAACAAAAGUUCCGAAGAAAGAUCAAUGAAGAAGAGCAGGUGCUCAAAGUGACUCAAGAGGAGAGAAGCGGAAGAGGAAGAGGCAGGAGCACGUUUGGAGGGUACCGAGGAUGA